AUGGAUUCCCUAGACUGGGAUGACACUCCCUGGCCGUGUGCAGAGACCACCGUGUGCGAGCUCCUCACGGACAGUCAAGGGACGCUCCAGCCGCUGGAUGAAGAGGCCUGGAGCUUCAGCCGCCUCCGCGCGACCGCCCAACGUCUGGCGAGGCGCCUCCGCCUCCCCGUCGCGGGGGAGCGGCGCUGCGUGGCGCUGGGCUACGACGAGGGCCUGGCGCUGGUCCUGGCGCAGCUGGCGGUGGUGGAGGCUGGGCUACACUUCUUGCCCCUGGAUUUGCGACAGCCUGUAGAGCGCUUGGAGGCAAUGCUGGAGAUGGCAGGCGCCAUUCUGCUCCUGGCGCCAAAGGGUGUGCCUGAGCUGCGGGUGAGGCAAAUGCAGUUGGAGGAGGUAGAGCUGUUGGAGGAGGCGGAGGUGCAGCCGCCGCGCCCUGAGGAUUUGUGCUACGUGCAAUUCACCUCCGGAAGCACUGGGCGGCCGAAGGGCGUGCUCUGCGAGCACCGGCACUGCGCCUGGUACGCUGCCGCCAAAGCCGCGGCCGAGGGCAUCGAUGGGUCCAGCCGUUUGCUGCUCACCGCUGCCUUCACCUUUGAUCCCUGCCAGGGCGACAUUUUUUGCGCCCUGGCGGCUGGGGCGACGCUGGUGGUCGCACCACGGCUGCGCCUCUUGCACGACUUCCGGGAGGUGCUUGAGCAGUCCGAAGCAACGCACGUUUGUGCGACCCCAGCGCUUUGGCAGCUUUUGGACGCUGAGCCGGAGCAGUUUCCUCGGCUCAGGUGUCUCUCUCUGGGGGGGGAGAAGAUGCCGCCGAAGUUGGUGGAGCGCUGGGCCCCGAAUGUGGAGCUGAGGAACGUCUACGGGGUCACUGAGGCCACCGUCUACCAGACAGUCAUGCCGAUGUUGGCAUCCACCCCGCCCCACACCGCUGGCCGACCCCUGCCCGGUGUACGCGUAUGCCUGCGACCCUGGCCCGGGGAAGACGCAGCGGAGGUGGUCCUCGGCGGUCCGGGGGUGGCUCGGGGCUACUUGGGCGCCGGGCCGUUCGGCGGGCGCUUUGCCACCGGGGACUGCGGGCGCUGGGCGCGGGCGGGAGAAGUGCGAGUGCUAGAGGUGCUGGGUCGGCGAGACCUGCAGGUGAAGCUGAACGGGGAGCGGAUCGAGCUGGGUGAGGUCGAGCAGUUGCUAGGCACGUGUCCUUUGGUGGCGCAGUGCGUUGCUGUGCCAUGGGGCGGCGCUCUGCUGGCUCAUGUGGUGCUGGAUGGCGAGGAGAUGGACGGCCUGGUGGCUUUGGCGCUCGCUGCCCAUUGCGACCGGCACCUGCCCCGGAUCAUGCGACCUCGGCUCUUCGUGGCCGCAGAUGCCCUGCCACUCACUGCCAACGGCAAGGUGAAUCGCGCUGCUUUGCCCACAGUCCCCCCGCCAGGACCGUCAGCGCGAGCCUCCCAUGAGCCCCUGACCGAGCUGGAAGAAGCAGUGGCGAUCGCCUGGGCCUCGGAGCUGUCGCUCCCGGAUGGCCUGGGGGCGGACUCUGAUUUCUACAGCCUGGGAGGCGGAAGUGUCCAGGCAGUGCGGGUCACUCGGGUGCUGCGAGCGGUUCUUCAUGGAGGCGGAGGCGGCAAGCCGAGGUGGGCAGAGGGUGCUAGUGAUUGGCGGGACCCAGCGGGGGAUGCUGCGCUGUUCCUUCCUCCAGAGCGAGCCGGAGACGCCGAGUGCCACUUCGGGCUUUGCGAUGGCGGCCCCUUUGCACCUUGUGCGCUUCUGGAGCGGCCCGUGCUUCGGCACUACGCACAGUUCCUCGUAGGCUGCGGCGUGCGCGUUGCAGAGACUGCGGAGACUGCAAAGGCGACCCGGGAGAACGCAGAGCACGCGGGCGCACCCGAGAUAGAGCUGUCGCCGUUGCCACGCGCCCUGGAGACUGCGAUCCGUGCAGGGCGGGAGACGCUAGCCCGGGCUCUGCUGUGGGCAGGCUGCAGCCUGUCUCAGUCUGGGCCGGGACCCUUGCACUGGGCAGCGUCCCGAUGCAGCGACAGCCUGGUGCGGUUGCUGGUGAGGCAUCGUGCCAAUGUGCUGCAUUGCACGGAUGCUGGGGCGGUGGCGGCCCAUGGGGCCGCCGCCGCGGGCAACGCGAAGGCGCUGGCGGCCCUGCUGGAGCUGGGUACCCCGCCGCGGGUCCGGGACCGGGGGAGGCAGUCGCUGCUGCACUAUGCGGCGCGGUCCGGGGAGGUGGCUGCCGUGCAGCUUGCUGCGGAAGCGAAGGCCGAGGUGAACUGCCGGGACCGACAGCUGCGGACAGCCCUUCACUGGGCAGCGCUGCAUGGCGAUGUCGACAUUUGCCGAGCGCUGCUGCAUCAUCGCGCAGACCCGUCGCCGCCAAAGGUGCCCGCGUCGCUGCAUCGGCGCCGCACACGGCUGGAGCAGGUGUCUUUCUGGGACGUUAUCAUUGAGUCUUUGGAGAUUGUGGACUCCCAGGCGCUGCAACUCUUCGAGCAAGUCCUGGAUGCCCAGACAUGCGAAAGGGCGCAGCUUCAGUCUCGGGAGGCUGCGGAUGUCGCGAUAGUUGCGUCAGCCAUGAAGAAUCUCGGCCGCGAGUUGCAGAGCUUGGAGAACCUGCAGCCGCUGGUGAUGACCAAAGCCCUGAAGCAGGUGGAGGUGGACUUCUACGACACCCUGCUGCAGCAGCGCGAGUUGCAGCAGCGGCAGGAGGCUUCCAAGUGCCACGGGUGUGCGCUGAAGCACCGGCACUACGAGCAGCUGCAGGAGCAGCGGGCCGUGGCCACGGACAUCGAGGACCUGAGCCGGGAGCUGGGCUCCGAGUCUCUGGGACUCUUGCCGCAGCUGCGGGCCAAAGAGCAGGUGUUGAACGAUUUGGGAUGCCUGGAUGAAGAGGGCCUCAUCUCCUUGAAAGGACGUGCUGCCACGGAGGUGCUCUCCGGCGACGAGGUGACCAUCAUCGAGGUGGUGUUUCACAACGUGUUGGACGGAUGUUCUGCGGCCGAAGUGGCUGCUGCGGUGUCCGCCUUUGUUUUUCCGGACAAGGUCGAUGAACAGGAGGACUUGGAGGAGUUGCCUGCGAACCUCUCGCGCGUGCGAGCGGGCAUCUUGCAGCAGCACCGCCGGGUGGAGUUGCUCCUGCGCGACCGUCGCGUGGAGAUGGAUGCGGAGGAGUUGCAACGAUGCUGCAACGUUGCGCUCAUGGGCAUUGCCUACCGCUGGGCCUCCGGUGAGUCCCUGUCAGAGAUCAUGAAGGACUCGCAGUUCCAGGAAGGCGCCAUCGUCAGAGCCAUCGUUCGCGCGGAGGAGCUCCUCCGGAAGCUGCAGGAUGUGGCCAAACUGUUGGGCAACCGUGGCCUCCACGACGUCUUUUCAGAGGCCGCUGACUUGAUUCAUCGUGACAUAGCCUUUGUGCCGUCAUUGUACAUCAAGCGAACCUGA